AUGAUUGCUCGUAUUUCUACUAUCGUUUCCGUCGCUAUCACGGCGUUGAGCCUCGGUGCUCAAGCUGCCGCCGUCAACGACGUCUCUCCGGCCCUGAGCAACCCUUUGGAGGCCCGCGCUGGACUCUGCUGCGCGCUCGCCGUUGACAACAGAAUCCUCCAGACUGUCUGUCAGUACAUGUACGAGAACUGCGGCGGCUGGGGCAACUGCGUCCAGGGCAACGACAACCAGUGGUGCCGCCACUGCAUUGUCAACCACCCCGAGGACGAGGCUUGCCUGAAGCUUACCUGGCCUCCCGUUGACCCUGCCCCUGUUGGCAAGCGUGAUGAGAUCGAUGCCACCAUGGCUCCUGCUGAGCGUGACGUCUCCAAGGAAACCUACACCGGAUCUAAGGAUGUGCAGAAGCGCGCCCUUCACACCGACCACAUUCAGACCCAGGCCCUUGUCAACCAGGCUCAGUCCUAUGCCAGAACCUUCGGUCUCAUUACCAUCCGCAUCAUCGUCAGCGCUGUCAACGUCGUCACCUACAGCAUCCAGAACGCCGGAGUUCAGCAGGCUGCUUGGGAGAUUCUCGACUUGGCUACCGGCUGGCACGUCAACGGCAACGUUGAGGGCGGUGAGGUUAUUGGAGGACACGCCCCCAGCCAGGUCCUGGCCAAGGGUGGAGACAACUUUGAGUUGGACUUCAUCACCAACACCGGUGGUGCUUAA